CCUUAAUUUUUUUCCCUCCCUCUGCAGCAAUGUCCAAGGUUCAUCUUCAUUUCCAACCCCUAAUCCUGUUAUGUCUCGUCCUCUCAACAUUGUUCAUCCACUACUCUCUGGCUGACGUUGGCACUGCUGCCCAAUAUGGCUCUCCCUUUUUACCAACGGCGUGUUUCGGUAGAGACGCAUCACAAUUCCCAUCGAGUAACAUGUUUGGUGCAGCAGGGGAAGGAAUAUGGGACAAUGGUGCCGCAUGUGGAAGACAGUACGAGGUGAGGUGUAUAAGCGCAGCAGCUCCUGGAACAUGCAUUCCUGGCCAGACCAUUCAGAUUAAGAUUGUUGAUAGAGCACAGUCCUCUGUUUCUAGGCCUUCCGUUACUGGAACAUCUAUGGUUCUCUCCACCACUGCUUUUCAGGCCAUAGCUAGUUCUUCUUCUUCCUUCCUUAACAUUGAAUUCCAACAGUAA